CUGGCUGUGAAUGGAGUUAGCUUUAUUUGGACUCCACCCUCAGAAUUCCAUCUUGUAACCUCAUAGUAUAUAGGCUGAAAAAUCGCAGUAGUGACAGAUGCAACUCCACUAAACCAGGAAGCUGUCGACGGCUUAAGAAUUUAUAUAGAAAACAAAACAGUGGCUCAGGGAAGAUCGAGACGAGGAGGAUGGGGUGCUGGAUCCCACAUGGGCUGCUAGUCUUGAUCCAAUGCCUUUACCCUUUGUUUACAAUUUGUGAAAUUAAUCGGUCAGCGGCAGUGAACUUUGGUGAGAGAAAAUGCGCUAAAUGGUGCAGUUCCAGGCUUAAUAUUACGACGCGGAGGAUUCAGAGGGAAAAAUGAGAGUGAGAGGAGGGAAAUGAGCGGUGAGUGUGGGAGAGGAGGCGAGGGAGAGCGAGGAGAGGCGUCCCGUGUCCUGUCUGCUGCCUGGUUGGUCGCUCUAGGGCCCCUGCUUAGUGAGCCAACAUGGAUAAACUGGUGUCAGAUAUUAUCCACAUGCCCAAUCAGCCUGACAAUAUCAAGAAAGCUCUGCUCAUCAAAUUGGCCCAUUCCCCAAGAGUGAACAUGAGCAGGACAGUGUUGGAGAAGGCCAACAUAAUGGCAAUCUUUGACACUUGUGUGAACAUUGCCACAACCUCUGAAAAUGAGGGACCACUUGCUGUGUUUGCCUUCAGUCAUUGGGCCAGUCAGUACAAGGCUUGCCUGAAGGAAUACUUGACACCAGAGCGGGUGACAGGCAUCCUUGCCUGUCAGACCAAUGCCACGGUGGUCAUUGCCUGGUUGAAGGAAGCUCUGUGUCACCUGACGGAAGACACAGAUGUCUUGUGUACCUUGGCACCGGUGCUGGAAGAAGUACUACAGAACAAACUGCAGGAGUGUGGUGGCAGCUCAGCCUUUGUUAUGCAGCUGGCAGAGCUUUAUGCCUUGUGUCCCGUGCUCCUGCCGCAGCCACACACCCGGCUCACCUUCACCAUCACACUGAUGAACUGUGUGGCUGCCUUCCCCACACCAACUAAACCUGAGGUUCUUGCCCACAUGAAGAGUAUUGGUGGCUUGGUGAACACUUUAUGGAAUGGUUUGAGACUGGAGGACAUUCUCUACUCCCUUAAUGCCAUGUAUACCAUUAUAUCUAACACUGAUGGAGGGUCAGAGGUGUGCCCAGCCAUGGCCCAUUUGCUGUCACUAGUGCCUACAGUGGUGGUGGAGUGCCUGGCCCCACGCAUAGUGUCUGACACCAGCACCACAGAUGCUGCACUCCUGGCCACCCUGACACGUCUCACAGCGUGGCUUGUGGCCUGGCCCACAGCCCACACCACGCUAGGUCUGUGGGUACGCACAUUGGUUCGCCUCCUGUACCAGAGUGGGCGAACCAUUAUUCCUGCCAGAGUCACCUUGGACAGGGUGCCCAAGCUGCUCACUGCCCUCCAAAUACCUGUGGUUCGUACAGGAGUUGUCUCUGUUCUGUCCACUCUCCUGCUGUCAUUCCAAAGUUCCCCAACAGCAUUUCACAAGGUCAUCCCAGCGAUGGUUGAUGUGUUUGGGCAGCUGGAGAGGGAGGGAUCACCGUCCUCAACUGCAACCCUUGCUCGUCUGGCCACCCUCUGCCACACCCUAAUGGUCCUCCACCCAGGCCAGCCCGACAUUUACCAGCCCCUCAUGAAUUGUUUGGAGAAAUAUCCGGCUCCCUCAGAGGAGGACAUUCAGGAGGUGAUCCAGGAGCACCAGUGGGGGCCCAUGGAGGAGGGAGCACGAGGUCUGGCGGCAGGACAGGUGCGCGGCUCAGUGGGGGUCGGUGAGGUGCCUUUCGUGUACCAGCAGCGGCUGCCCAACCAGAAGGUCGGCCUCCGCAACUUAGGCAACACUUGCUACAUGAAUUCUGUGAUACAAGCUCUCUUCAUGACUGACAGCUUUCGUCAUGGCAUCCUGCGGGCCAUACCACGAAGCAACCAGCAACUCCUAGUGCAGCUGCAGCAUCUCUUCAGCAUGCUGUGUUUUACUCACCGCACUUAUGUUGCUCCACGCCAUUUCCAUGACAAAUCCAGGCCCUCGUGGUUCAGUCCAGGCAUGCAGCAGGACUGUUCAGAAUACUUAAGACACCUCAUGAUAACCCUUCAUGAGGAGGAACGUGCUGGCCAGGCCCUGCCGGAGUACCAGGAGCGGGUCAUCAUUGAGAGUGAGACGGCCAGCCUAGCAUCAGACCUCCAGCCUCUGCCGUAUGACUCAGCCACAGAGGACUUUGUGGAGGGGGAGCAGGCCCUCAAAGCUGAUGGUGGAGAGGAGACACAAGGCAUCACCAUCACUCCUGCUGGUGCACUGCAGACUGGUAGUGAAGAUGGAAUUGUGCUGAGGGACCUCAAGUCUUUAAAUGCUGAGGAGGAUGCCCUUACUUAUAACAGGAAAAAGAUUUCUGUUCAUAUGCAGUCAUUUAAGGGAUACCUGCAGGGAGAACCCAUGGAGGGAGUGGACCAGGGUGAUCAAAUGCCUCCUGCUGAAGAGUGUUUAGUGAAGGAAGUGUUGGAGGAGACAGAUGAUGCAGACAUGGUGGAUGCUACAAUGCCACAGUCUCGCAAUGAUGAUGCAGAUGAAGUCAUGCAUAAUUUAUGUGAUAAUAAGAAAUUUACAAGUAACUGCUUACCGCAAGAUAUUGAGAGAAGGUUAGAUAUUGUGGAAAUGGACACUACACCAGAAAAUUCUUCCAAGUCUAUGAACUACAAGCGCAAACAUAAUACAACACCAGACAGUGUCACAAGGCAGAUGUUGAAGUCCCCCAAAGGAGACAUGACCUCAGACAUUGAUAACAGUUCAGACAGUGGCAUCAGUGGAGACUUAGCAGAGGAUGGAGAAGUCCACAUCAACAGCCCCAAUCCCAGCAGUCCUCUCUCUAAGGAAGUGUGUCCAGAGACCAAGGGUUUGACUAUUGAGGAACUUGUGAGCAAUAUUUCCAACAAUGAGGACACUGAAAAUGAGUACUUUGUAAGCUUGGUUCACAAAGUGUUUGGUGGAAAAUUAGCAACAUGUAUUAAGUGCUUACAAUGUAAAACAGAAUCUAUACACAAAGAUGUCUUCACGGACAUUCAUCUAGCAUUCCAGGACACUGAUCGCUACAGUGCAGCUGAUGCCAUCAGGAAAAACCCAAGUCGACUUGUCAGACAGGCUGAUAAAGAGCAUUCAGGAGAACUAAGCAUAGAAGACUUGAUCAGAAGUUAUCUGACUUCAGAGAGGCUGACAGGAGAAAACCAGUAUGAAUGUGAACGCUGUGGAGGAAAGCAGGAUGCUGAGCGUUCCAUCCAGAUUUUGGAGCCUCCUGAACAUCUCAUUCUGACACAGUUAAGGUUCUAUUAUGACACUGCCCGUGGACAGCGGCAGAAAGUGUUCACCAACGUAGAGUUUGGAGAGGAGCUUCUGCUUCCAAUCCGAUACUCAACACAAGGUACUUUUGAACAAGAUCUUACCCCAGGAAGUGAAGAAACCUCAGUCUCAGGAGAAGGUGAGACCAGAAGGCAAAAGGGAUAUGCAACAGAGGUUACAGAAGAUCAGGGGUCCCUUUCAGAUAGCAUUACAUCCAUUCAAGAACACUCUAGCAUAUCAGGUGCAAACACAGUAGCAUAUCCAAUAGCUAGUGGUGAUUCUAUUGAACAAAACUACCACCUUUACAAAAAUUCUUCAGGCCAAAUUUUACAUAGUAAUUUGGACAGUGGCAGUACUAGUACUCACGAUAUUGAAGAAAGUUCCAGUUGUUCUAGGAUAAAUGGUCUACAAGAGAUUAGCUUUAGCAAUAGCAAAAAGGAAAUGGGAGAGCCUGAGGGUGUCAAAAGCACUGAUGAAGCUUCAGUGCAGAUGACAUGUGCUUUGCCAGAGCUCAAGCAGACCCCUAAGUCAUGUAGCACUAACACCAUUAGCACCAGCAUCACUAGCACCAGCACCAGCAGUAACACUAGUAGUGGCAACAGUAAUAGUAACAACAAUAAUAGUAACAAAUUCCAUUCUAAACUUGGAGUAUUAAAUGACAAGAACAGUAAGCCAAGUGAAUGUGACAGAGAUAGCAAGAAAAAAGGUUGUGUCACCACUGAAGGUGUUGGAAAUUUAUCCAGUAGACCUGAAACUUCAUUAGAAAAUGCUUCAGAUGGGCCUUGUGUGAGUGUUGACAGUGUUUGUGAUAAUCAAGGUGAGUGUAGUGGAACUGGUGGAAAAAUUAUUAAAGAAGACUCAUGUGUAGAACUUGGUCUAACAAAUUCUGCUGUAAGGAAUGUGCAACCCAGCUGUAGCUAUUCAUUGGGCUUUGCUCCAGAUAUUAGGAAUGGUUUUGUUAAUAAUGGCAGCUUUAAAGGUGAUGUUAAUAGAUCUUUGCAAGAAGAGUCUAGUACAGGAUCCUGUGCCAGCCCACAACACAGCUCACAGCCAGAUUGUGGCUGUAGAACGAUCACAAGCCUCCCACAAACAACAUCUAUGAGUACUGGGUCAUCUGAUUGCUUCUCCUCCAAGGAUGAGUGUGAAGACACUCAAGAGGUAACCUAUGCGCGCUAUGCCCUCUAUGGUGUGGUGGUGCACUCAGGCUUCUCAUCUGAAGGUGGACACUAUUACUGCUAUGCCAGAAACUCUUCUGUGGCUGCCCUCCCAGAGUCAGCCAGGGAAAGCCAUGGGAUACUUGGUGGUUGGUACAACUUCAAUGAUGAAAAAGUGACCAGUACAACGUUUUCCAACAUUACCAGCCUUACUCGCACCUUUAACAGGGACACUGCAUAUCAACUGUUUUACAAGAAGCUGAGUGACUGUCUGACGCCUGAGGUUCCGCUGAUGGAGGAAUUCAAGUGCCUGCGCCUGGACCUGCAGGAAGCAGUAGAAAAUGACAACUUGCAGUAUCGCAGUGAGCAGGAGCGGGAGGCCCAGCGGAGGCGGCACCAGGUGCCAGGCCACUCACCCUUCUCCCGGUAUUCUGACCAUGAUGACACUCCUCCCCCGGGGGGCUGUGGGGCAGGGCCA